CGAUGAACGACUCUACGAUGCACACAGCCGGUCUGACACACAGCCUGCACAGCGCGUGUUAGCCUACUCUGUUCCAGAAAUGUCCGCGGAGCUGAUACUGCGCUCCAAGGAGCUGUUUGCGCGGGUCUUCCAGGAGCCAGCCAACGUUAUCGUCUGUGCGCCCGGGCGCGUCAACUUGAUCGGCGAGCACACCGACUAUAAUGAAGGCUUCGCGAUGCCCUUCUGCAUUGGCAAGUACACGGUGAUUGCGGCGCGACGGAGGACGGGCGCCACAUGUCGCAUCACGUCGGCGGGUGUGCCGGGCGCCAUCUCCACCUUCCCCGGCGACUCCUCCCUCAGCCCCGGGCCAGAGGGCGACUGGACGAACUAUGUGCGCGGCGUCGUCUUCGGAAUGCUGCCGAUGCUGCCCGGAGGGUCGUGCGCCUUCGACGCGGCCGUCGUCUCCGACGUGCCGCUCGGCAGCGGCCUCUCCUCCUCCGCCUCGCUCGAGGUUGCCACCGCGACGCUGCUCGAGAGCAUCUACCGGCUCGGGGCAGACCCUAAGGGGAAGGCGCUCGUCUGCCAAAAGGCCGAGCAGACCUUCUGCAACUCGCCGUGCGGCAUCACGGACCAGUUCGUCUGUGCGUGCGGAGAGGCUGGCCACGCGCUUCUCAUCGACUGCCGCCCUCCGUACGCCACCGAGUCGGUGCCGCUCUCUGACCCGAGGAUCGCACUCGUGGUGGCCGACUCGAACGUCAAGCCACAGCUCUCCGGCUCCGAGUACCCCGACCGCGUGCAGCAGUGCAAAGACGCGUGCGCCGCGAUGCAGGCCGCCGGCCACUCCGAGGUGCGCCACUUGCGCGACGCGACUCUGUCCAUGCUCGAGACCGUCGCUCGCUCGCACGCGCUGCCCGAGGCGACGGUGAGGCGGGCGCGGCACGGCGCGCUGCGGCCGGGCGACGGAAUCUCCGAGGACCAGCGCACGCUGCAGGCCAAGGAGGCGCUCAAGGCCUGCGACUACGCGCAGGUGGGCCGGCUGAUGUUCGCGUCGCACGCCUCGCUUCGCGACGACUACCGGGUCUCCUCGCCGGAGCUCGACGCGCUGGUCGAGAUCGCGCGCGGCGUGCCGGGCGUGCACGGCUCGCGCCUGACGGGCGGCGGCUUUGGAGGCUGCACCGUCACGCUGCUCAGCCGCUCUGCGGUCCCCGCGCUGCUCGCUGCCUUCGAGGCCGAGUACCCGAAGCGAGCGGGCGGCCGCACCGCGUCCGUCUUUGUGGUGCGGCCGGCGGCGGGCGCGAUGCUGCUGCAGCAGGGGGCCGGCGCCGAGCCCCUCGCGGGGGCACCGCUCAGUCCGCAGCUGAGCGGCGUCGCAAAGGUGACUGCCGCCCUCGUGCUCAGCGCCGUCGCCGCCGCCGUGAUUGCGAGCAAGCGGCAGAGGUAGAGGUAGGAAGAACCCUCCUCCGCUCCCCGCGGCUCGUCAGCUUGCGAAUUUUCGAUUUCCUCCUCUUCAGCUUCUUCUCGAUCCUGCGAAGCGAGAGAUAUCCUUCCUCUCUCUCCCGCGAUGGAGAGCGGGGUGUACAAUAUCCCCAACUCUUACUUUCCGAAUCCUGGGGACCCCGCCGAA